CAUUGACUGCACACACACACACACACACACACAGACAAAAUGACAUAAGCCAAAAUCUGACGCUGAAUUUAAAAUGCCGCUCAUUCUCACCCUCCAAGAGCCAAAGAGCCAGAAAAUAAAACACGAUGCCGGUCUUCAUCAUCUUCCAACUGAAGCUCAGUCACAAUGAGCCUCCCACCACAUCCUGCGCUCGCUUGAUGUUGUUCUUUGCCACAAAGCAGGAAGAAACAUCACGGCCGGAAGCAAGCUACUCUUAUUAUUCUUAUGUACCUUCACUAUUGGCUUUCACACUUAAUAAUUAGAUGAGUUGACCAGUUGUUACUUUCCUAAUGUUCUUCAUUGCUUUUCACCACUCAAAUGAUCUAUUUCAGAAUGAACGAAUAAGUGAAUUAUUUUACUAGUCCUGACGUAAAAUGACAGCCAUGUUUUGUACACUUUUAUCAUUUUAUUAUUAUUAUUAUUAUUAUUAUCUGAGAGUUAUUCCAGGCAUAGAUGUGUGUGCGUGUGCGUGCGUGUGUGUGUGUGCGCCAUGAGUGGCUGAUAGGACUCAGGUGUGCAGUUCCAAGGUCACGUGACCUAAUAAAAAGGUUCCCAGGUGAGGUUUGUUCAGGUCGGCAGCUCUCGGUGCAGGCAGAGUGUUUGUGUCCAGAGGCCCGCAGCAAUGGCGCCUUUACUCCUCGUUCUGGUCUUAGCAGGUGUGACCUCCACGCUGGCUAGCCUUGACCUUCUCUUCUCCAAAAAGAAUCUGUUGGAUUAUCACCAUAAAGAGCCCGAACGAGUUGCGGCCGACCAGCGGCGGCCCCUCAACACGGUGCGGGUGACGUGCCGUCCGGACUCCUUGGAGAUCCUGAUUCAAGCCGACCUGUUUGGCGCCGGGAUGCCGGUCCGCAGUUCCGAGGUGCGCCUCGGAACUGCGGAGCGGGAAAACACCCGUUGCGGCGCCGCGCCGUUCUCCGAUCAGGAGUACAAAAUAGUGGUUGGCCUUCUGGACUGUGGCACCAAAUAUUGGAUGACUGACGUGUCUCUGGUCUACACCAACCUGCUCAUCUACACUCCGGCAGCCUCGCCCGAUGGCCUGAUCCGAAUGGACGGGGCGGUCGUUCCGAUCGAGUGUCACUACGCCAGGCGCUACAGUCUGUCCAGUUCUUCCAUCAUGCCCACCUGGAUCCCCUUCAUGGCCACCCAAGCUGCAGUGGAAACUCUGGACUUUAAGCUGAGAAUCAUGACAAACAAUUGGCAGUACGAGAGGAGCGCCAAUGUCUACUACCUGGGCGAGCCGAUUCUCCUGGAGGCCUCGGUCCGCCGGGGCCAUCACGUGGGCCUGCGAGUGUUCCUGAGCAGCUGCGUGGCCACGCUGCAGCCAAACAUCCACUCUGUGCCCAGAUAUGUUUUCAUUGAAGACGGGUGCUUGUUGGAUUCCAAGCUUCAGUCUUCCAAAGCUCGCUUCUUGCCGAGGACACAAGAUGAUAAGCUGCAAUUGGCGAUCGACGCCUUCAGGUUCCACGACGAAGACAGGGGAGAGCUUUACAUCACGUGCCUCCUGACCGCGGUGCCCGUCCACGAUACGGAAGCGCCCAACAAAGCGUGUACAUUUGUCAACGGGAGGUGGCGUUCGGUUGACGGCAACGACUACCUGUGCGGCUAUUGCCAAAGUCCAAGUAAAGUUGGCAAUGCUCACGGUCAGCCUGCCAAGUUUGGACCUCGUGGUUUCGGCAAGCCGGCGAAACCACAAGGUCAAUUGAAGAGCAAACUUCCCGCCAGUGGGUGGGAGCAUCAGGCCAAAGUUGGUCCCGUGUUGGUUCUGCCCAAGCAGAAAAGUUGGACUAUUCCUGAAGAGGAGCUGCCACCAGUGCUUCAAAAGAUGAAGAGGCCUGCUCUGUACGGCAGCCAGUGGCAGAGCGGCCUCAAGCGUUUGAAAGAACCAGAGAAUGGGAUCAUCCCUGGCCUGUUCACUGAAGACCUGCACCAGGAUGACCUCACCUCUGACGAAAACCUCGUUGACGGCACAAGUGAAAAAGACCUGAAAGAUGAUGAUGAUGAAGAAAGUCAAGUCACUGAGCCAACACCCACCCUGCCAAGUGGACAUGACUACUUCACCGAGGAUCCUCGGGUGGAUUUCACCCCCGUCUCCAACUUGACUGAUACCUCUGACAAAUCUAUGAAGGAGUCACAGAGAUAA